UCUCCCCCCGCUUGGGAUGGACAGCUCUGUGAAGCGUGUGUCCUGGAGCCAGGCAGGCAGGGUGGGGGUCGUGCAGACUGGCAGGCCCAGGUGCACCUGGCAGGCCCACGGUGUUCAGUGGCACGCAUGCAUGAAGGUGUGGGGUGCAUACUUGGGUGUGUAGACACCCACAGAGCAGCUGCCACCCUGUGGGGGGUGGGGGUGAGCAAAUGGCAAAGAUGAUUAAAGGAUUGGAGAGUAAGGAUGGGGUGGCAGACCGGAGGCAGGGAGGCGAAGGGCACAGCAAGAAUUCUGAAGCAGGGGCCUGGGCCGGAGCAGGAGGGACUGAGGUUAGACCGCAGAUGGGCAGGCAGGGCCCUGUCUGCAAAGUAGAGAGCGUGGCUGUGAGUCCGGGAGCCCUGGCUGAUGUCCAUCCCUCCCGCCUCUCCCUCUGUGGUCCCCCAGACUGGCCUUGUGUCCUUGGGAGGCUGUACAGAGACGUCCCGCAGACCAUGAACUGAGUGUGGGGCCUGGACGUUCAUGAGCACAGUGUGAGGUACACCAAGACCGCCACCCUACAGCCCUCCCUCCCCGCACUGAGGACCUCUGGAGAAGAUGGGGAGGAAAAAGAUUCAGAUCCAGCGAAUCACCGAUGAGCGGAACCGACAGGUGACCUUCACCAAGCGGAAGUUUGGGCUGAUGAAGAAGGCGUAUGAGCUGAGCGUGCUGUGUGACUGCGAGAUCGCACUCAUCAUCUUCAACCACUCCAACAAGCUGUUCCAGUACGCCAGCACCGACAUGGACAAGGUGCUGCUCAAGUACACCGAGUACAACGAGCCGCACGAGAGCCGCACCAAUGCCGACAUCAUCGAGACCCUGAGGAAGAAGGGCUUCAACGGCUGCGACAGCCCGGAGCCAGACGGGGAGGACUCGCUGGAGCAGAGCCCCCUGCUGGAGGACAAGUACCGGCGCGCCAGCGAGGAGCUGGACGGGCUCUUCCGGCGCUACGGGUCAGCUGUCCCGGCCCCCAACUUUGCCAUGCCUGUCACGGUGCCCGUGUCCAGUCAGAGCUCUCUGCAGUUCAGCAAUCCCAGCAGCUCCCUGGUCACCCCUUCCCUGGUGACGUCCUCCCUCACAGACCCGAGGCUCCUAUCCCCCCAGCAGCCAGCACUACAGAGGAACAGUGUGUCUCCAGGCCUGCCCCAGCGGCCGGCUAGUGCAGGGGCCAUGCUGGGGGGCGACCUCACCAACGCUAACGGAGCCUGCCCCAGCCCUGUGGGGAAUGGCUACGUUAGUGCCCGGGCUUCCCCAGGCCUCCUCCCUGUGGCCAACGGCAGCAGCCUGAACAAGGUCAUCCCUGCCAAGUCUCCGCCUCCGCCCACCCACAGUGCCCCGCUCGGAGCCCCCAGCCGCAAGCCGGACCUGAGGGUCAUCACCUCCCAGGGCGGAAAGGGGCUAAUGCACCACUUGACUGAGGACCACUUAGAUCUGAACAAUGCCCAGCGCCUUGGGGUCUCCCAGUCUACCCACUCGCUCACCACCCCUGUGGUUUCCGUGGCAACACCGAGUUUACUCAGCCAGGGCCUCCCCUUCUCCUCCAUGCCCACUGCCUACAACACAGAACACCACCUGUCCCGUCCCCUCCGUGGCCCGCCCGAGGCUCCCUCUGCAGGUUCCUCCUCGCCUUCUCCCGCUGCAGAUUACCAGCUGACCAGUGCAGAGCUCUCCUCCUUGCCGGCCUUCAGCUCGCCGGGGGGGCUGUCCCUAGGCAGCGUCACCGCCUGGCAGCAGCCACAGGCACAGCCACAGCCACAGGCACAGCCGCAGCCGCAGCCGCAGCCGCCGCCGCCUCAGCAGCAACCCCACCUGGUCCCCGUGUCUCUUGGCAACCUCAUCCCAGGCAGCCCCUUGCCCCACGUGGGUGCUGCCCUCACCGUCAGCACCCACCCCCACAUCAGCAUCAAGUCAGAACCGGUGUCCCCCGGCCGCGAGCGCAGCCCUGCGCCUCCCCCACCGGCAGCCGUGUUCCCCGCUGCCCGCCCGGAGCCCGUCGAUGGUCUCAGCAGCCCUGCAGGAGGACCCUACGAGCCGGGGGACCGGGAUGACGGCCGGGGGGACUUCGGGCCCACGCUGGGCCUGCUGCGCCCGGCCCCGGAAGCGGAGGCCGAGGGCUCUGCUGUGAAGAGGAUGCGGCUGGACACCUGGACAUUAAAGUGACGUUCCCACCCCCCAGCCUCCCUGAUGAAGAGCUGACAAUCUCACCGCCCACCCCUGUCCUGGGCUCCUCCCGCUCGACCCCCACUUCCUUUCUUGUGCUCCGUGUCCUGUUGAUGGUUACAUUUGUGUAUAAUUAUUAUUAUAUUAUUAUUAUUAUUAUAUUUUUUUUAAUUUGGAUUCUCGCUUUGGAGAGAGGGAUGCUCCCAUCCCCUCUCACCUCCGCCGUGUUCAGUGGUGGAGGCUCUUUUUGCGGGAAGGGGGGGGACACUUUGCACGUUGUACACAUAUGCUGCAGGAAGGGGCGGGCCUUAGGGAAGGGCGGUGCCGGCCUUGCAUGCAGAGCCCUCCCGCCCCGUCUCCCAGACAGAGGGAAAGAACCAAAAACUACCAAGCAACAAAAACCCCUCCAGUAGACUGAAACCCCAAAGGUGGCUGAUGGACAGUCAGUAUUCAAGGGAAGCCAGAGGGCAGAGGGUCUCCCGGCAGGGAGCACGGCUCUGUGUGCGCUGCACCCCGAGGUGUGUGGGUGCUGGCUGAGCUUCCGGGCUGGGGAAGCUGCCUGGGAAUAGAGGCGGGGGCAGGGGUGUGAGGCGGCCUUUCUGGAAGCACAUUUGGGGGAAGACGGGGUGGCAGGAGGACAGCAGAAGGGCUGGUGAGGGUGAGUCAGGCCCCUCCGUCCCUAGCUUCUCUAGGACGCAGUGCAAUAGUGACCAGCCCUGUCAAGCUGGCCCUGUGCGGAGCUGGGGAGGAGUCAGGGAGGCAUCAGGGUGGCACUCCUUGGGCACGGCAGCAGAUGUGGAGGGGGCUCCUGGCCUUGCAUGCUCCCACCCCACCCGGGAGUGGCCGUCUGCUCCUGAGCCCCUGCUCUGGCUCCCUCACUGUCUGCUACCUCCUGUCCCUCGCCUGAGGCCGCAUCCCACCGCCCCUCUUGGCUACUGUAAUUGUAAAUAGUGACCUUUGGAAAACAUUAGCGGUGUAACAGUCCAGGAAACUGUUUUUUGUUGUUGUUGUUGUAUUGAUAUGAAAUGAGAUUCUAUUUUUGUCAAAGUAUAUUGUAAUAAUAAUGACUCAAACAGGCCCGUACUGUACAGACAAGAUUCUUCUGCUGUUGUUCUUCCUCCCUCCCCUCCCCUCUGCUGCCCUCACUGUGGGGAGCCCAGGGCCUGAGCAGUCAGGGCAUGGGUCCAUGACCUGGGCUGGGUCUGAGACCACCCUGGAGGGGCAGAACCCCAGUGUGCUCCCACCCCUACCCAGCCCGAGGGGCCAGUGCCCCGCACUCCUCCUGUUGGCAGGCAGUUAGGCCAGGCUCCGGGGCGGCAGGGGGUUGCCAGCCGCUGACCAUCCUCACAGUAUUCUGGCACUAGACACGGAACGAGCCAGAGGCAGAGAGGCGUGUGGCCAUGUGUGCCUGGCGUGUUCGAGAGGGCCUCUGGCGUUUCUGAGUCUCAGCGUUCCUUUGUAUUUGUGUGAGUGUGUGCGCGUGUGCACGGUGUACCUCUGUGUGCCUCUGAGGCCAGCAGGGUGGAUUUGUGAAUCUCCGUGGGACUGGAGCUCUCCAUGCAUCUCCCUCUGUCUGUGUGGCUGGGUGUGUUUCCAGCGCCUGCCCUGGCUUCCAGCUGUGUGUCCCUCACUCCUCUGUUCCUGCCCUUGGCCCUGCUUCCCCUGCAGUCAGAGGGCGCUGGCAGUCGCCCCCUUUGCUUCUCCCUGCACCCCUCUUGCCAGGGCUGCCUUCCUCUGGGACCAUGGCCUCCCCACCCCACACACGUGCCCCCAGAUCCCCGUGCCUGACAGUGCCCUUUCCCGGAGCCCCCACCCGUCCUGCUUUCCGAGCAAAACUGAUUCCUCUUCUUCCUGAGGCUUUCUUCUUCCGCCUCAGCCCGCCAGCCAACCUCCCUUACUGCCUCAGACUUGAUGGGCCACCCAGCAGGGAUGUCAAAUGUCAGAUGUCGGGCCUUUCUGCCUUUUCCGCAGGUUGCUAGGGCCAGUUCAGGAAUUGGGCUUGGUGAGGGUGUGAAAGCAAGCAGUGGGCCUGGCACAGAGGCGCUCCGCGUGCCGGGUGACUAAGUGUAGGUGCUCGCCGGUGUUGAGUGACGCCUCCUCCUCUCGGGCUCUCCCUCCUUCCCCAUCUUCCCGCUCACCUGUCUGGCAGGACUUGGCCACCAGGACCCACGGUGCAAUAUUCGCCAGCUUUGCCCUCUGCUCAGAAGGGCGGGCCUGGCUUCUGAUCACCUUGUGUGGAUGUGUGUGUGUCCUUUCUCCUCCAUCCCUGGCAGCAGGGAGUGGUCUGUGAGUGAAUACGGGACUUUUCUGCAGCUCAGCACCCCAGGGUUUCUCUUGGGGCCUGCGGCACCUGGCUAGCCCAGACCUCAAGCGAGGACUUCCUUUAUUCUUCUUCUCACAAGCCAAAUUUGUCUCCACCCACUCCCUCUGAAUGACUGGGCAGUCGCCAAAGUAACCACUGGAGUCAUCUGAUGCCCCUGCCCUCCCUGGUUCCCACAGUGUUCGGGGACAGUGGGGAGAGGCCUGCUGCCUCCGUGGGACACACACUUCCCUCCCCCACAGUGCAGCAGACUGACCCAGGCCCCCCACCUGGCCCUCCCCCCUCGGACAGGAAGGAAGUAAUGCACCUUCUUUUGCUGAUUAUUUAUUUGUUUGGAGAGACAGAAAUGAUGUAAAAGUGUAUCUAGAAAUAUCUAUAUCUCUAUAUAUUUUUAACUGACUAUUUGGAAUCCCAGGAGGUGGGGGAGCUAGGCUUUUGUGGAGGGGAGACCUGGAGCCCAGGAAUUUUUGAUCUCCCCUCUUUGGCCUUGCCCCACCCCUAAAUUGUUGGUAGGACUGGGAUUUGUAUGGGGGCAGGAGGCUGGGAGGCCUGUGGAGAAUCUGGAUUCUCUGCUGUCCCCAUCCAAGUCCCAGAGGAAGGGAGGGAGGGAGGGAGGGGGCGGGAUGAGGGAGGGGCGGGCAGGCUGAGGCGGUGACCACCCCAAGCCCGACAAUCACCCACACUCCCGGGGCGCCUGGGUCCUGGGGAGGGCGAGUCCAAGUGUGUGGCUGUUGAUUUGUUUUAAAUAUUUCCUUUUGUGCUGUAUGGUGAUGCUUUCUUAGUAUUCUACACAAUAAGAAAAGGCAAAGUCCUCGAGAUUCUUAAUGAGUUUUGUUUGAAAACUCUUUCACUAUAUUUGUUGUAAAGAGGUUUACUAUUAAAAGAAAAGAACACACGUUUCUGAUA